ACCCGGCUCCUGCGGCGAUGGGGGGCGGUUAUGGCUGCAAUGGGAUUCACCCCCCCCCCCGGCACCAGGCAGCGCUCAGCCACGUGUCCGUCCCAUUUCACCCAGUCCCCUUGGCCCCGGCUGCCCGCGGUCACGCCAGCCCCGGCACAGCCCCACUGGCCCCAGCACGGCCCCACCGCUCGCCCAGCCCCGGGGCCGGGCUUCUCCUGCCACCGCUCCCGCACCCGCCGAGCACCGGGGCUGCCGCCCGCCACCUCCAUGGUGUCCCCAGAGGGGUUGGUGGCCGCAGCCGCGGUGCUCAUGGGUCUGGGCCUCCUGGCCUUGUGCCUUUGGGCAGGGAGGGUGGAGCUGGCUGGAGCCUGGGGAGAAGAGGAGGAGGAGGAGGAAGAGGAGGGGAUCCUCUUCAUCACCGAGGAUGGCUGCGGGCGCUGCCGGCUGCUCUGCAAGCCCUCGGCGCUGGCCCAGCACUUGGUGCGGAGCUUGGGGCGGUCGGUGGCGCUGCGGGGUGGCCACUGGCCAUGGCCACGCUGGCCCCGGCUCCAGAUGCUGCAGCAGCUCCUGCAGCCGCCCGAGCCGGAGCCGGUGGUGGCCAGAGAGCUCCUGCAGAUGCCGGACGCUGGACUGGUGGCCCUGGACUGGUUGGUGGGGCCAUGGGGGGCUGCGGGGGGUGGCGGUUCCAGCCCGGUGCUGCUGCUCAUCCCCAACGCCGCCGGGAAGGUGACGGGGGGGCUGCUGCAGCUGGGGCUGCGAGCGCUGGAGAAGGGCUUCAUCCCCGUCAUCUUCAACCGCCGGGGCCACAACGGCUGCCCCCUGACCACCCCCCGGCUCCAGCCCUUCGGGGACCCCCGCGACCUGCGGGAGGCCGUCACCUACCUGCAGUGCCGGCACCCCAGCGCCCCGCUGCUGGCCGUCAGCGAGGGCUCAGGCUCGGGGCUGCUGCUCGCCUACCUGGGGGAGAGCGGCUCCUCCAGCCGCCUGGCCGCCGCCGCCUGCAUCUCCCCCAUUUUCCGUGGCCGGGACUGGUUUGAGGCCGGGAUGCCCUGGCUCUACGAGUGGCCGCUGCUCCUGCACCUCAAGCAGGGACUCAGCAGGUACGCAAGGUCCCUGGCCGAGGUGGUGGACACGGAGAAGCUGCUGCGCAGCCGCUCACUGCGGGACCUGGAGGAGACCCUCUUCUGCCACACCAAGCCCCGUGCCACGAGCUGGGAGACCUAUUGGGACCGCAACGAGCCCCUGCGCGACGCGGACGAGGCGGCCGUGCCCGUGCUGUGCCUCUGCAGCGCCGAUGACCCCGUACGCGGCACCGCCGCUCGCAGCCUGCCCCUGGAGCUCUUCCGCACCAGCCCCUACUUCUUCCUGCUGCUGACCCCCCAUGGGGGACACUGCGGCUUCCCCCAGCGGGGCCCGGGGCGCUGCUGGGGGCACGAGGCCGUGUUCGAGUACUUCAGGGCCAUGGCGGAGUUCCUGCGGGCAGAGGAGCGCAGGAAGGGGCUGCCGCGGCCGCGCAGGCUGCGGGGUCCCGUUGGGGAGCCCCCCAUCUUUACAUGGCAAAGGUCGUACACCCGGUAACCCGCGGUGGGGAAGGGGAGGCUGAGGGAAGGCAGGCAGACACUCCGUGUACUAAAAUUACUUUAUUACAGUUGAUUUUUUUUUUUGUUGUUUUUAACAUUUCCUUUGCUAUGAUACAAAGGAUACUUACAAACAAAAUAUUACAUAUGACCUUAUUGGGGUUUUCCUUUCUCUUAUUUUUUUUUUUUCUUAUUUUUCUUUUUUUUCUGACAACUCGGUAACAGCUUUUUUUGUCUUUUUUUUUUAAAUGCACAA